AUGGUGCGACGCUUACAACGACAACUGCUGUUUUUGCGGAGCGUGUUGCGCGAAGCCGACCAGCAGGUGAGACGGGAACGAUUGCAGCACGCCAAUGCCGAUCAAGUCAAUGCCAUCAGUGAAUUGGUGAUGAACACCUUGAAAGGGAAUGUGACCGUCUCGCCUCGACUCUUGGAUCAGUUGCGUCCGCACAAGCAAGCCUUGCGCGACAUGGCGCGUCGCAAGCAUUCCAUAAAACGGCGACGGCAGGUCAUGAUGACUCAAACCGGGGCGGGCAUGUGGCACGCUUUGGAUCGCGUGUGUCGUUGCCUGUCAAGAUGAGUCAUGGACCGUACCAGAAAAAGUACGUGGUGUCCCCGGCGGACAUGGAGCGGUUGGUGGACCAUUACAAAGGCGCGUUGAUGGAGAAUUCGCGGUUGAACCAUGCCGCGCGGUUGGCGGCCAAACAACACGUCUUGCUGGCCUCCCCCAACAUCCCGCCGGCCACCAAGAAGAUCCGCGUCAAAGCCCUGGGACCCGCGGUACGUCGAGCCACCAGACGCGUGCGAACCAUGUCGUUGCCAGGGGCCGGAGGGGCGGCAGCGGGGGCCGACGACGACGGCGACGAGUUUGCCCAAGGGCCCAUGGAGACCUUCUUGAAAACACUUAUAAAAAGCAGCACGCCCCCACCCAAGGCCACACCCAAAGGCAAGCCGAAAGUCCCACCCAAGCCGAAGUUCUCGACCAAAACGCCCAAGACACCCAUUUCGGUGCCGUUACCGGACGACGAUUGGGAAGAGGAAUUGGCGGAGCCCAUUCCCAGUACGUCCAAGAGCAAAGGGAGUGCCACGUUGAGCAAAGGCAAGUCGCCUCUCUCGGUCUCGAGACCCCCCUUGACCGUCAAGAAACCCAGUCGAUUUGGACAGGCGGCCAAAGAGGGCAAGAAACUGGCCAAGGAAGUAUUGAAGUUGAAACGACAACCCGGCUGGAGUGAGUGGGGAGAAAAGGUGCAGCGGAAACUGCAUGGCAAGGACUACUAGACGCCGCCGACGCCGCACGUCGCGCCGUGGCCGCCGCCGCCGCAUGGUCGGUCGAGGCUUGGACGUGCAAAAAUGGUUGGGCAAGACCGGCAUCGAAUUUCAUUGGCCCGGGUACCAAUACAUGGGCCCAGGCACCCAUUUGGAGAAACGCCUGAAGCGCGGGGAUCCCGGCAUCAACCGAUUGGAUCGCAUUUCCAAACAACACGACAUUGAUUAUUCUCGCGCGCGCAAUCUCCAGGACAAGUGGAACGCCGACGACAAGAUGAUUCGGGCCAUCACGAACCUCCCGGGAAAAAAGACUUGGACCGAAGCCUUCGUCAAAAAAAUCAUGCAAGCCAAACGCAAAUUGAAACUGUAA